GAGGAUACACUCCAGAGCCUUCUUCCCACAAACUCCCAUCACCUAGCCGUAUUGGGACCCCCAAGUGUCCCCAGGUGCCUGGCAGGAAGGCCACAUUCCCUCUGGGACCUGCAGCACCAUCCAAGGGUGGAAAAUUAAGUGGGGUGUAACACCCUGCUCCUGGUGCUCCAGCAAGAGCUCCUUCAGGGCACAGGGGACAUGGGAACUUGCCAACAGAUGGAAAAACCCCUACCUUGGGGGGAAGACCCCCCUGAUAUGCUGGCCAGCUGCAGGAGUAGACAAUGGGGCGGCCUGUGGCGUUCAAAGCCUUUGCCAUUUCUGGGUAUCCUUCGGGAGAGAAGAUGACAGCCAGUGAAGGGGUUGGCAGCAGCCCAUGUCCCAGUAGCCUUUGUCCCAGCCCACCCAGCACAGGGAAUACCAGGCUAGCCUGGCUUACUUCCUUAUACCAGCUCCAGGGCACACAAACUCCCGCCUCUUUUCCCAACAGUUGCAAUAGGAGGCACAAGGGAAGAGCUGGCUGGCCCGGUGUUGCUGCAGAGGGCCAGCUGCCCCACCCCAAGCAGCAGGGAAAGGAAUGCCAGAGGCUGGUGAACGUUUACCCUUUGCCUGCUCCUCUGUGGACGAGUAGCACCCAUCCAGCUUCAGCAUGUCUACACCCCACGCUGCAAAGGUCUGGGCAUCCUGCUUCACAUUUUCCAACAUGGUGCCUGGGUAGCCCCCACAGGUGAAGAUGCCCAGGUCACCAUAAAUGCCCAACUUCAGGCCCCUGGCAUGGACCUGUGAGGAAAACAGAGCUGCAAGGAGCAAAUGAAGGGAUCCAAGGUGUCUCCCAGGUACCAGAGUCCUCUUUUCCUUCCCAGCUCUCCCACCAUACUGGCAUGGGGACAGAGAUCCGCAGUGGCCCCAGCAGGCACUCACAUAGUCAGCCAGAGCCUUAAUUCCGCUGGGAAAUCUCUUGGGGUCGGGAACCAGCUGUCCGGCUGCAUUCCGCUGCUUGGCAGACCAGCAGUCAUCAAUGUUGAUGUACUCGUAGCCCAGCUCCCUCCAGCCAUCCUCUGCCAGCUGGUCUGCCAUCUCGAAGAAGAGCUGCUCGCUGUGGAUUGACGAGGCAUGGCAGGCUGAGACCCUGCGACCCUCGUGCCUCAGCAGAUGGUACUCAUCACGCCAAAGCCUCAGACACCCUCGGCUAGGGAGCAGCCUGGCCAAGGAAGACAGCGAGGGUUUGCAGUCUGACCUGCACAGCUGGUGGGGCGAUGAAGCUGAAUGAGCGGAGCGUGGCCCACUACGCCACCUGCGACUCGCCAGCCGACCACACCGGCUUUCUGCGCAAGCGGGUGGAGCGGCACCACCACCAUGGCACCUCCUACCAGCGCCGCUGGUUCGUCCUCAAGGGCAACCUCCUCUUCUACUUUGAGGAGCGGGAGAGCCGGGAGCCCAUGGGGCUGGUGGUCCUGGAGGGCUGCACCGUGGAGCUGUGCGAGGCCGCUGAGGAGUUUGCCUUUGCCAUCCGCUUUGAUGACGCUGGUGCCAGGGCCUAUGUGCUGGUGGCUGACGGGCAGGCUGCCAUGGAGGCCUGGGUGAAGGCACUCUCACGGGCCAGCUUCGACUACAUGCGGCUGGUGGUGAGGGAGCUGGAGAAGCAGCUGGAGGAGGCCUGCAAGAGCUUGGCUGCUUGCCGUAAGUCUCCAAGGAGGUCCUCUUCCUCUGGCAGGAAGAGGCAUCUCUCCAACCCUGCCUUGCAGCCUCUCCAGGAGAAGCCCACCACCCUGGAGAAUGGCUACUCCACAUGGAGUAGUGGUGGUUGUGUCGCUGGUGGAGCCACCUGCCCUGACCACGAUGGGGGGCAAACGAAGCCCCCGCCCCUGCCUCCACGCCGGCGCUCGGCCGCCAGCAGUGCCACAGGAUUCCCGGCACCUGGCCUCUCACCAGCCAUGCUGGAGAGCCCAGUGCCACCAGAAACCAUCUGCUUCUCCAAGCUGCACAACUGGUACGGGCAGGAGAUCGCAGUGCUGAGACGGGAGUGGCAGGAGAGGCAGAAGAGGGGACACCCAUGACUGGGGGCACAGGACACAAGUCACUGGCCAGCUGAUGCCUGGCAGCCUGUCCUGCAUGCAGGAAGAGUAAAGUGAGGGACACUGCUUGCCCCCUGCCCUCCUGAAUGGCUGAGUGUGAUGUGUGUGUGCUUCACUUGGGAGGGACUUAAAUCUCUAAACCUCACAUUUAAUUUCCACAAGGCUUUAUACAGCCAGAGAGUGUGUAACACCAGGGGAGCCACCUUUACUUAAACUCUCUCUGCUGGAAAUAGGAGCUGCCCAAAUCAGCAAUGAACCUCAGCCAACAGGCUUGGCCACUUGCUGUCCUGACACGGUGGAUGCUCUGGGUGUUUCACCCCUACCUCUCCUUCACCACUUUUUUUUGUUGUUGUUGUUUUGUUUCUCAGUGUGGAAGUUUGCUUUUGGUCAGUACUUAUUACUGUCUGUAGUCUUGUGCCAAAGUCCUUCUGCCUUUGUUCUUUUGCUACAGAUAAGGCUGGGCUCUUGUGAAGUGCCUCUGACAGGCCACUGGCCCCGGCGCGUGCCUCCAGCCUUGUGCCUCUCUCACUCCAGGACGUGUGAGCCUCUGCAGCUGUUGCUGGCACAGCAGCUGGGGCUUUUGCAUAGUUUUUUUGCUUUCAUCUGCACUAACCCUUAUUUCAGCUAAAUCCUUCAGGAUGUGGAUAUCAUGGUCUUGCAACAGUUCUCUUUAUGUGCUCAUACUCAGCAGCAAACCUGAAAUGGAGACACAGAGCUUGGCCUGAAGCCUCAGAAGGAACACCAGGAUCACCCCCGGGCUGAUCUGGACUCUGUCAAGCGGUAACCAAGCCUGCUAAUAUCUCUGGCUCAAGGUUUCCCUGUUCCUAUACAGGGAUGCUAAAGCCUCUUUGCCUGGGCAGGAGUAAAUUUCUCAGCAUUUGUUUAGACCACAGCCCCUGCAAAGUGCCAUAGAGGGCUCAGUCAGCUCAUGGGGCUGCUUGCCCAAGAGUGUCCAGAGCCGCACUCCUGCAGGGCCUCUCUCAGUGCUGUGGCUCUGCCCAGCUCCUGGCAGUGCUGCACAGUUGGAGGAGAGUCUUUGAAGGGUGGGGAGGGAGAGAGGCCUGGUCUCAGGAGGAGAAGUGAAGGUGUGGGAGUGUCCAGGCUUGCCUCUCCAGUGUCAGAGCCAUGUUGUUGCCUUCUACCAAGCCUGCACCCGGCCUGCCGGCGCUUCCCUCUGAUUUCAUGUCAGCAUUGCUUGGCUGAUCUCUGCAGCACAUCCUGUCCUCCCAGCGGGCUGGGAGGACUGCAGGGAGGGCAUGCCUGUCACCUCACUGUGAAACCACACUUGUCCAUCAGUAGGUCACAAACCUUGGCCACAAGGCACACAGUACAAGUAGGUGGGUGCCAAGUCCAGGGACUAGAACACCCUUGGGAUGGGGUUUAAAAAUCUCCCUUAUCAAGUUGCAUGCUUCCCAUCUGAAAACAUUAAACCUGUUUUUAUUGUCCUUUUUUAUUAAAGAGCUUUGCUAGGAAAGCAAAAGCCCAUUUCAGAUCAUGACUGGCUGGAACCUUUUUGGACUUAAACACACUCAGCUUCCUACUUUGCAAUGGCCUGUAGAGAUAGCCAAUGCAGAAAUCAAAUUAAUUCUGUUAACUCUUGGUGCCUUUUAAAAUAUGUCUCUGGUAGUUUUGGAUGAUGAGCUUCCAGCCUCCUGCCUAAUUAUAGCUCGAUGGUAUAUUAGAGGAAAUCAGAUCUUAAAUUAGAUCUUACAAAUGACUUUGGGCAGUGAGAAUGUAACCUUCACUUGGGAGUAACACAAUCCAGUCCUCUCCAGCUCAGGGUUGUAUUACUUCACAGCAAGGGUCUUUAAGUUUGGGAGGAUUCUUUUUCUUCUGCUUUUGUGAAAAUAGUUCAGAAAGAUUGGGAGCAGGUGGCCAUGGGGCAAGGCCCUGGCUUCCUCAGCACCUUAGCUGGUUGGACAUAGGGGCCAUUUCUGCCUCCCUAUCCUGCUGGUUGAAAAGUUCGGUACUGCAGCAUUCCUGGCUGCAAAUGUGUCCCUUUUCCCAUGCCAGGUCAGCAGCAUCAGGGGAUUGCACUACCUGGUGCCUCCUUGCUCUGAGCAUGGGUAUUUUGGGACCAAGGUCAAAUUUGUUAAGCAUUUUCCUGUGGUUAUAUUUUUUUAAUGUAAUACAGAGAGAAUAUUCCUGAUGUCUCAGAUUAACGUAAGGCAGAUUGACAGUAAAGACCCAACUUCCAAAACAAAUCAAAAUGUAGUGGCAGUUCCUACAUGAGACCCAAGAAUUGGGAGUGACUUGAAAGGGAAGAUAAAUUAACAAAGCCAGUUCUGUCAGAACUGAAUUUGAGACAGUAUUAUUCAUUUAAGGGCAGUUUCACUUUUAAGAAGCUUAGUGUGUUUUAAUAAGCCAGGAUUGUGCUCGUAACACUACUAAAGAGCUUAUAUUUAAUGCUUUAAUCUGUCCCAUUCAAACAGCACAAUUUCCACGCUACCUACCUUUGCGUUAGCCCAUAUCCCAGCUAAAUCCCAAAUCCUGCAAAUGAGGCACUGCGCUCUGCUUCCCAUCUCAUUGUGUUUGGAAUCAUUCUGUGUUUAAUUCUGCAGUGCUGACAAGAAAAUGGCUGAAUCCCGAUCCACAUUUAUGCUCAGCCCAGCCAUCCAUGCCUGGGCCUUUUGAUGGGCUUGAUCAGGGUUUCCUCACCCUCCCACUGUUGUAGCAGCCAUGUUGGAGCCUUGCCCAAAUUUGUGUAGGAGUACAGGUUUUUUAAUGAUCACUGCCACUUGCUUCAUUAGUCAGGAAGCACCUGAGUGCUGCUGUGCUUCCUCAGAGAUGGGGCUAUGGAGCCAGCCCAGCUGAAUUGCUUGUGCUGGCAGUGCCUUUGAAGCAGCCCCCAGGCAGGAGGUCGGGAUUUCAGCUUCCUGGGGUUGAACAUUCAGCUGGCUAAUGGAGCAGCCUGUCUGUCUUUCUGCAGGCAGAGGUUGUUACAGGAAAGGCAGAGAGUUUUCAUUGCACAUUGUCCCUGCCAGCAAAAUAAGGCUGAUUGCCACCCAGGGUUUUUCUCCAGUCAUUCAAGUUUGGACUGUUUCAUCUCCUGCCUCCACUUUCCCUUUUUAUUUUUAAAAGUAGAGAAUGUCUAUCUAAGGUUCCUAGGCAAAGGGUGAGCUGAAGUUGAAUGGGUACUUCACUUAAAAGUACUGAACUAAGAUCCUUUUCUAAGAGUUUUCUUUAGUGCACAGGCGAUGAAAGGAAGAUACUGAAAUUUAAAAGAAAUUGAAAGAGGAAGGGCAAUUCUGACAUGGCCUGCUAAAAUAGUUGACUUAAUCCUUACAUUUUUCUGAGGCUGGCAUUUCAUAUUUGAACCCAUGAUGUAUAAUUUCUGCACAUCUUUUAUUUUAUUUUUAAACUGUGCUGUUUUCCACUGAGUCUAGGUGAAGAGUAACCUGACGGUUACUCUUACCUGAAGGUGGCCACUCUUAGCCAUGGGGUGGACAAUCAUGACCAAGGCGUUUUGUGUCACAGUAGCUAUUGCACUAACAGUGCCUGGGGGAGCUACCCCUCAAUGUUACCUCUCGGCUGCCUUUGAGAGAAGCUGAAAAAAAGCCCCACUGAAAGGCACGGGGGCGUCUUUCACCAGCAGCACCGAACUCGUGUUCUCUCCGCACAAUCACCUGGAAAACACUACGAGCCAAUCCUGCCUUUCCAAGUGCUUCUGUUUUAGGUAGGGCGUGUUCCCUGUUUUAGGAGAUGGUUUUGCAUGCGCCUGUGUUUUACACGCGGAACUUGUAUUAUACAUUGCAUUACAUUGUUUAGAGUUUGUUUUACACGCGGAACUUGUAUUAUGCAUCCCAUUACAUUGUUUAGUUUGUAUUUUAUGCCGCGAAGCCGAAUAAACCGGUUUGAUUUGUA